UUAUAACACCAGCAACUGUUUUUGUUUGAUGCUCAUAUUUAAUUUAUUCCUUAAGAACAAAUUUUGAUUGCCUCAUAUCCAAUUUUCGGCACACUCCGGCACUCCAAAACACAUUAAAUUGCGUAAAAUCUAAUAUCCACCAAUACCCAUGGAAACAAUUUGUCAACUAUCAACUUUAAUACCUGCGUAACAAAACCGUUCCAAAGGUUCUAGUAUUCGUUUAACAAACGAGGCGAUAACAAAAUACAAUCGCACAUACAAAAUAAAACGAUACAAAAACAGUAUCUGCAACAACAAAAACAAGUGCGUGUUCCGAAGUCGUACUUGCAAUUGAAUUUUUUUGAUGACAAAAGCUGCCUACGACUUUGUUUCUCAGAAAACAAACAAUAGUCGCGAAACAUUCAGUUGUUGGGACACACCAAUCGUGAAUGCAUUUCUCAGUUGAAUAUAAGUAUGUUAGAGACUGCAUACUUGUAACAAAAGAAAAGCCCCGACCUGCUAAUAUUUACAAGACGUUGUCCUCUCUACAAUGGUGUUUAAAGCUAUCGGCAGCAAGUCACUAUUAUCAAAACUCAACGGGAGAAUUUAAAAGAUCUUUUUUAUUAUUGUUGUAUGCAACGGUUUAUCUUUCUGGGUUCUUAUUUUUUGGGCAAGACGUAUUUUAUCUGAAAAAUUACUAUGCCAGAAGAAAUUCCUUUAGAUUCGCGUACUAUUUAGAGAAGGGGCCCUUUUUCACUAAACCCAUAUCGAUUAUCUGCAGCCAGAUUUUCACAGGCAAAAAAAUCGAAAGCUUACAACUCCUGGACCAAGCUGAUGAAGUUUUCUUAACAACUGACCAAACAGCAAAAGUAUUGAAAGCCAACAGAAAAAUAAAAUCACUCUGCGAGAAACUUAUUAUUACAACAGUUGUAUCUUUGCUAGGAUUGGGAAUUGUGUCGUAUCUUAUUGAGAAAGAAAGACAUAUUUGUUAUUUCAUUGCAAGAUAUAUUUUUACGGUGAUGCUCGAAACAGUUCAAUCGGUCGAAUUUGCAGUAAUGUGUUACUGUAUUCGAUCCAGAUUUAAGAUCAUUAAUCAGAUAGUUAAAGAUAAAAUUGAAGAAUCUGAACGCGUCGAAAAGUAUCCCAUUAACAGACAUCUUUUCAUUCGAUCUUUGAAGCUGUUGCUGGACCAACACGAAAGGCUAAGACAUGUAGCCGAAGUAACAAACGCUGCAUUCUCUGUUCAACUGUUAUGCGUUUCGUUAAAUGCGCUUUCAAUUUUUAUUUCGAACGGCAUCAAGGUUAUCAUCAUAAUCUUUGAGGGAAGUUCUGAAGAAGUUAUUGUAGCGUUGAAUUGGAUAUGUGCAAUCAUUUUUGUGGUUGAAUUUUUGGCAAUUAUUUGUCAUCAUGUUAACGAAUUGUGCAGUGAAGCUAAUUACACCAUUCGUCUACUUCACGGAAUUCAGUUACGAAUUGAUGAUACAGAAUCCAUUAAAAUGAUGAUUUUGUCCACAAUGCAUUUGGAUAACAACAAAUUAAAAUUGAUGGCAUGUAAACUGUUCAAAGUUGACUUUUCGUUACUACUUUACAUUUGUGGAGGUGCAAUGUCUUACUUGGUGAUAACGUAUCAGUUCGUACAGUUCAAAGAAUUACAAAAGGAAAGAUUACAUGCGCUGUCCCGCGCAAACGAUAAUAUUACAGUUACCCCGUCCGAAUCGCUAUUCAAUUAUUAUUCUACAGCACAAAUAUAAAGGGUGUUUUUGUUUCUUCUAAUUUAUAUAAGCACAAGAAAGAAUAAAAAUUUAGAAAAUUAUGCUAAGAUUAAAAAAUUGU